GUUGAAAUAUAGUCAAAUUUUACUAAAUAGCAUCGCCUUUUGCCGAAUUCUACGUUGGUGAACGCCACGAUUCGCGCAGAUUUCAGCUGUAUCCUAUAACACCAAUUUAUAUAAGCUAAUGUGUCUGUGGAGGAAGUCCAACAGCUGGGCGGCCAAUUUUUUUUUUUAAUCCGACUCUGGUUGUAAGUUUGCCAUGGUCUUUGAUUUUUCUGUUCCCAAAAAGUUUAGGGAGAAUUAUUCAUUAACAGGGCUAUUGCAGUUAUAUAGUACCCGUUAUUCAGCUACCCACUCAAUAUUGAUCUCGAUUGUUAUUAUUAAGGUCAUGUAUCGGUAUACGAUGCUACCACUUUCCUUGAGAUUCUACAAUCAACGGUCUUAGACUAUACGGAUCAUGAUUGCGGCCAUGCUUAAUGCUAUGAGAAUUGAGAGGAAGGAAAUGCAAGCGGUAUCAAAACCACUCCGGUAGUUGAGCUAACGAAUGGACUAGUCCGUCGCCUCAAGACCUCAAUAGCGUCUCACAGAGUGUUCCAGCGUGAUAUAACAGCCGUGAUGCGUAACACUCUUACAACAAGGGCAGCCUUAGUCAUGCAUCUUCGCUCCCGCCAAUCACGGCGAUAGAAGCUUCCGGAGGGGCU